UCUGUCUGUCCAUUUUCUUUGCCGAUGGGAGGGGAGACAGGCGGCGCUGCUGAUGCGUCGAGCUCGUCGGCGGCUGAUCUGUUUUUUCUCGUUCCCCUCGAUCCAGUCGCUGUGCAACGCGUGUGGGAUCCGGUACAGGAAGAAGCGGAGGGAGGCGCUGGGCCUCGACGAGCCGCCCAAGAAGAGGCAGCCUGCUGCGGCAGCAUCCGCUGCAGCAGCGGCGGCGUGCUCGAAGGCCGGCGGCGAGAGCGCGGAGCCGGAUCAGCAGCAGCAGCAGCCCAAGAAGAAGACGACGACGACCAAGAGGGGUCGCGAGGUGGAGCUCCGCGUGGUCGGGUUUGGCAAGGAGGUGGUGCUGAAGCAGCGGCGGCGGAUGCGGCGCAGGCGGCGCCUCGGCGAGGAGGAGAAGGCGGCCAUCCUCCUCAUGGCGCUCUCCUCCGGCGUCAUCUACGGCUGAUUCACUUCGGAUUUAUGGCUCCAGAUCUGUGCGUCUUUUUUCACCUGAAAUCCCAGCUGAUCUACUGCCUUGUUGUUCUUGAUGUGAGAGUAAAAGGCGCUGGCGUGCUGCCAGAGAACGCCGACAUGGAGAAGAUCGCCGCCGCGUACUUGUGACUUAAAUGCACCGCCACGCAAGUUCUGUGACGAGUUUUUCCGAUUUGCAAGUAGUGCGACUUAAGUGCACCCGCAGGA